AUGGGUACAGGAAAGAAGGAGGCCGCUCGUAAGGUGCGGCAGGGGCAGCCCAAAGAUGGCAUGGCAAACGUCAAGACCAAAGGUGAAAAUUUUUACCGUGAUGCCAAGAAGAUCAAGACCUUGAACAUGUUCAAGGAUGGUACGCCGCGCCGCAACGCACAGGGUGAAAUCACAGUCGCCGCGAGUUAUCAAUCUCGCGAGUUGCCGACAGCUCGCAUCGAGCCAAACCGUAAAUGGUUUGCUAACUCCCGUGUCAUCUCACAAGAGGCUUUGACCUCGUUCCGUGAUGCUGUUGCGGAGCGUGCUGCCGACCCGUACCAAGUUCUUCUCAAGACCAACAAGCUCCCCAUGAGCUUGAUUCGGGACAAUGACAAGGUCAACGGCCUGAAGCAACACCAGGCUAAGAUGGCCAUUGAGACUUCUCCUUUCAAUGAUACCUUCGGCCCCAAGGCUCAGCGCAAGCGCGUCAAGCUUGGCGUGUCGUCUCUCGAAGACCUCGCUGGCGAGACAGCCAAGAUGCAGGACAGCUACAUCGAGAAGAACGAUGAGGGAACUCAUGCUGAUGGAAGUGCGAUUGUUCGUGGUGAUGACACUGCCGCGGUCGAAGACCUGGGUCUACUUACUACCUCUCGUGAAUCUGUCUUCUCCAAGGGACAGAGUAAGCGUAUCUGGAACGAACUUUACAAGGUCAUCGAUUCUUCUGAUGUCAUCAUCCAUGUCCUGGAUUCCCGUGAUCCCGAAGGUACUCGUUGCAGAAGUGUUGAGAAAUACGUUCGCGAGGAGGCACCACACAAGCACUUGAUCUUCGUUCUGAACAAGUGUGAUCUCGUCCCCACUGGCGUUGCUGCCGCUUGGGUUCGUCAUCUUUCUAAGGACUACCCCUGUCUUGCUUUCCAUGCCAAUAUCAACAACUCUUUCGGUAAGGGUUCUUUGAUCUCGCUGCUUCGCCAGUUCUCGUCCCUUCAUUCCGACCGCAAGCAGGUGUCUGUUGGUCUGAUCGGCUACCCCAACUCGGGCAAGUCUUCCAUCAUCAACACUCUCCGCAACAAGAAGGUGUGCACAGUCGCUCCCAUUCCUGGUGAAACCAAGGUGUGGCAGUACAUCACCCUGAUGAAGAGAAUCUAUCUCAUCGAUUGUCCCGGUGUGGUCCCGCCCAAUGUCAAUGACACCGAGGAGGACAUCCUUCUCCGUGGAGUUUGCAGAGUGGAGAACGUUCACAACCCUGAGCAAUACAUUCCUGCAGUUCUUCGCCGUGUCCUUCCCCGUCACCUUGAGCGCACCUACGGUAUCAAGCACCAGGAGAACUACCUCGACUGGCUCGCGCUUCUUGCUCGCCAGGGUGGCCGUCUCCUCAAGGGAGGCGAAGCCGAUCUGGAUGGUGUUGCCAAGAUGGUUAUCAACGAUUUCCUUCGUGGAAAGAUCCCUUGGUACACACCCCCACCUAAGGGUACCGGAAAGGGUGAGAAGGGCGAGAAGGACGAGGAGCCUGUCGACGGUGUCGAGGGCCGUGAAGGUCGACUCGGCGAGAUGCCCCGCAAGCGCAAGUUGGAUGAAAACAACGAGCCCGCUGCUAAGGAAGCCGAGGCUGAGUCCGAGUCCGCCCAGGACGAGGAGGCCGUCGAUGCCGAGGACAGCGAUAAUGAUUCGAUCGCCAACUUGGAGGUCAGCGAUGUGGAGAGUGGCGAGGAGGAGUGA